UUUGUUUCUUCAUCUCUGAUAUUACUCUCUCCUCUCUACCAUGGUUGAAGCCUUCCCCUAACCUUGUGCUAUCGACCCUCUAACCUAAGCCACCGAUCAUCUCUGCUCUUCUUUCUACAAAUGCUUCAUUCGACCCUCUAUUCUCCCAUUUUUGAAUACUUGAGCCACCAUUAGAACUCUUCUCUGUGUGUGCCGCCGCCGCCUCCUACUUCAAAUCUUUGAGUCUCUGCCUUCUGAAGAAACAUUUAAGCCAACGCCGGUCCUAGCUCAGACAAUCGUUUAGCCUCUGUAACCUCUGACCCUUACGUGAGUAAUACCAGUCGACCUUGGAGUCCCCUUCUUCUUCGUCUCUCUCUGUUUGUUCAACUUGUCACUUGCAAUCCCCUUCUGCCGUUUCCAUUGACGAGCUCUGUAAGCCGCCGCCACUGCCUCCAUUUUACUAGCCUAAAGCUGCCUCCGGAGCCACCCAUAACCGCCUUUGUCUCAGUCUUUGUUGAUAACGAUUUUUUACUCUAUACGUUUGUGAAGCAGUGUGCUGGGUCAUGGCUUUGGAUUGCAGUGGCUAGGUUGCAGCUUGGAAUGGCUUGGUAGAUUUUUGUUUGAGCAACUUAUUCAAGUCGGAUUGCUACACAUUGUGAGUUGUGUUCAACUUAUCCCAGGCAGUCGUGAGAGGUUGCUGGAAAUGAUGUCCCAACAGAGAUCCAUAGAGCACUGCCAUCACAAUCAGAAGGGUUUACUGCAACCACCUCUUACUGUCUUAGAGGAUUUCAUCUUGUUUUUUGAGGGGGAUUUUAUCUUAAUAAGAGAUGAUGAUAAUUAGGAGACAAAUGGGUUAUCGCAUCACUGCACUCUUCCCUGCAUAUGCGCACAAGUUUAAAGCUUAUUCAAGUUCCAUUUCUGUUUGUGGGUUUGCUCGCUCUUGUUUAGCCAAUCCAAAUGAGGUGGCUAUAUUUUUGGGAAGGAAUAAUGAAUUCCCGCUUGAGAUGAAGUCUUUCUCGACUAUGACAGGAACAAUAUUGGUACAGGCUGGAGACCCAGCUAGGAUAAGUGUGGAAAUAGAGAAUGCACUUGAUGAGCAUAGACUUGAAGAUACGUGGGAAUUUUAUAAACAACAUAUGCAGAUAGAUGGGUUCCCUAGAAAGUCUGUUGUGAAUAAACUUCUUGCAGCUUUUGCUGAAAGCCUUGAUGUUCUGUGGUUAGAGAAGGCCUUUGGGAUGGUAGAAGGAAUUUUCGAGAAAGGAAAACAUAAUUUAUUACAGAAAGAGACACUAAUUUAUCUCUCUAUUUCUCUAGCGAAAGUCCAAUUGUCGGUUCCUGCAUCAACUAUUUUGAGAAAGUUGGUGGAAAUGGAGCAAUUUCCUCCCGUUUCUGCUUGGUCUGCAACCUUGGCAUAUAUGUGUCAAACUGGUCCCGGGGCUUAUCUUGCAGCUGAGUUGAUUCUUGAGAUUGGUUAUCUAUUUCAAGAUAGUAGGAUUGAUCCACGGAAAAAGAGUAACGCCCCUUUGCUGGCUAUGAAGCCUAAUACUACUGCUUUCAACAUUGCUCUGGCCGGGUGUCUCUUGUUUGGAACACAUAGGAAAGCAGAGCAGCUCCUUGACAUGAUGCCUCGAGUUGGUGUGAAACUUGACUCUGACUUACUGAUAGUCAUGGCACAUAUAUAUGAGAGAAAUGGACGAAGAGAAGAGCUUAGGAAACUCCAACGGUACAUAAAUGAUGCACACAACCUAAGUGAUGUUCAAUUGCGGCAGUUCUAUAAUUGUUUGCUUACAUGCCAUUUGAAAUUGGGUGAUCUUGGUUCUGCAUCAAACAUGGUUUUAGAAAUGCUUCGGAAAGCAAAAGUAGCUAGGUCCUCUUUUGCUGCUGCAUCGAUAGUAAUUGAUGCUGUUGGAAAUGAAGGCAAAUCCUCUUGUGUUCUUGGUUCCAGGUUGACUUCGAGCCAUGAAGAAUCUAGAGGUUUGGAAUAUGAUAGACCAAUUAAAAUCUCCCUGGUAUCUUAUGAGGAGUAUUUAAGAGAUCGGAAUUUUGUGACUCUCGAUACUGAAGCAAAGGAGGUGCUGAAUACCAUGUUAGAUAAGCUGCAAACUCAAGUUGAAUUUUUAACAUCUGAACGAGGUAUCAUCCAACCAACUGAGGAAAUUUUGGUGAAAUUAGUGAAAGCAUUUCUAGAAGCAGGAAAGAUUAAAGAUUUGGCGGAGUUUCUCAUCAAGGUAGAGAGAGAAGAUUCUCCAGUUUCCAAUGAUGAUUCAAUGAUAGUUCAUGUCAUAAGUUCAUGCAUAUCGCUUGGUUGGUUAGACCAAGCCCAUGACCUUUUAGAUGAGAUGGUAUUGGCUGGUGUCAACAUUGCUUCUUCUGUAUAUUCUUCUCUCUUAAAAGCAUAUUGUCAAGCAAACCGAGUAGGAGAUGUUGCAGCACUUCUACGCGAUGCUCGUAGGGCAGGAAUCCAACUAGAUUCUAGCUCUUAUCAGGCAUUGCUUCAGUCCAAGGUGAUGCAAGAAGAUACACAAGGAGCCCUCCAUCUAUUCAAAGAGAUGAAAGUAGCAAAGAUAUCGAAAACUGGUCAUCAAGAAUUCGAGAAGUUGGUUAAGGGAUGUGAAGAGGGAAAUGAAGCCAAGUUAAUGGGAAAACUUUUGCACGAAAUCAAGGAAGGGCAAAGAGUAGAUUCUGGAGUUCAUGAUUGGAACAAUGUAAUCCACUUUUUCUCUAAGAAAAGAUUGAUGCAAGAUGCCGAGAAAGCUCUGAAGAAAAUGAGGAGUCUUGGUCAUACACCAAAUGCUCAGACAUUCCAUUCUAUGGUAACUGCGUAUGCAGCUAUUGGGGGAAACUAUAUAGAAGUGACAGAACUGUGGGGGGAGAUGAAAUCUCUUGCUUCUGCAACCCCAAUGAAGUUUGAUCAGGAACUCUUGGAUUCUGUGCUUUACACAUUUGUGAGGGGUGGGUUUUUCAGCCGAGCAAAUGAAGUGGUGGAGAUGAUGGAGAGAGGUAAAAUGUUUGUGGACAAGUACAAAUACCGAACUCUCUUCUUGAAGUACCACAAAACACUUUAUAGGGGCAAAACUCCCAAAUUCCAAACUGAAGGCCAACACAGAAAGAGGGAGGAAGCAUUAAUUUUUAAGAGGUGGGUGGGGUUGAAUUGAUAAUAUUUUGGCACCCAAUUCUUAUAAGCUCUUGUCCAAUGCGACUUCAUGCAAUAGAAAGAUGUUUUGGUCCGUCCAGAAAAUGGCUGUAAAGAUUGAUUACUUCUUGGAAGAUAUUAAAUGAAAUGACCAAAUUGGACUCGUUUAUACUCUUACCCUAUGACUAAGCUUUUGGCUGAAGUUGAGCAAGAGGAAUGGCUGCUCUCUAGAAGACUGUUACAUGUCUCCACCAGAAUUUCAGAAAAAUGAACCUCUUUUUGGAUCUCACCUUGGCCAAUUCCAGAGCCUUCCGUGGCCUAAGAAUUUAGAACAUUGUUUUGUUUUUUGGUUUUUUCCCCUCAAAUUUCUUGUUUUCUAAUUUAAUUUCUUUGUUACAAAGAAAAAUCAUGUAAAGCAAGCCUUCAAAUAAUUUAUACAAGCAAUAAACAUGGGCUUUAAAAGCUAUUUUGAUUGAAAAUAGUUUUGCAGGAUUUUGAAUCAGCUGUCUAGUUUUGAGUUGAUUUGUAUCGAAAUCCUCAUGGUUUCAAGUUGAAAAAUUGGCAUAUUGGUUUUACAGAAUCCAGAUUUUGAACUUGUUGUCCAGACUGAAUAAGGUUGUAAUCUUUAGGCAGUGACCAGGCUCUCGAAUUCCUGAGUAUAUCAAUACAUAUUUUGCUGUUUCUGGUA